UAACAAUAUCGGUUGUAGAAAGUCGUCAUCUGAUGCAAUCGCUUAGGAGCCAUACCUGUCGUCGGACAGCUUUGUCGAGGAGUCCAAAGCUUCAAGCGAUGGGCUUAUUCGGCUUCAAUAACGUUUUUAGCUUUUUUGGUAAACCCGAAGGAUGCAAGCUUGCUGCAAAGGAAGCACCCGCAGGGUUGAAGCUUGCGACGUUCGCAGGUGGAUGCUUCUGGGGCCUGGAGCUAGCCUACCAGCGAGUGCCGGGCGUCAUCUCCACCACCGUGGGCUAUACGGGCGGCUCAGAUCCGGCGCCCAACUACGACUCGGUGUGCAGCGGUCGCACGGGGCACGCAGAGGCUGUGCAGUGUACCUACGACCCCAAAGAGUGCACUUACGAGCAGCUGCUAGACACGUUCUUUGCGCGAGUGGAUCCAACCACUUCCAACCGUCAGGGCAACGACUGGGGCACACAGUACCGGUCAGCCAUUUACUUCCAUGAUGAGGAACAACGGCAGGCGGCAGCAGCACGCAUGGCAAUCCUCAGCGACCAGCUGAAGGCAGGUGCGGCCCCUGCACGGUGGCUGGGCAACCGGCUGGUGGUGGAGCUCCAGCCCGCGGGGGACUACUUCAUCGCAGAGGAUUAUCAUCAACAGUAUCUCUCUAGAGGAGGUCGUUUUGGCAACGCUCAGUCUGCGGCGAAGGGCUGCAAAGAUCCCAUCCGUUGUUACGGUUAACACGUUGCGCUGAAGAAGAUGCACAACUUCUGAUUCACAUUCUGAAAGCCUCGGAGAUGCAUUUGC